AUCGCCGCUCUGCAUUCCCCCCGUUCCUUUUCUCAUCGCCGCUUCGCAUCCGGUGGUCCUUACUCGUUCUCCUGUCGGAAUAAGCCUUCCCCGUUCCUCCCUCCUCCUGCUCACCAUCUCGCAGUUCAGUCUGUAGAUGGCGCCGACGUACAAACCCAAAAACAUACUCAUAACCGGAGCGGCAGGCUUCAUUGCGUCCCAUGUCGCCAACCGCCUCGUUUGUAACUACCCCCAGUACAAGAUCGUGGUUCUCGACAAGCUUGAUUACUGCUCCAACCUCAAUAACCUCAACCCAUCACGCUCCUCUCCCAACUUCAAGUUUGUCGAGGAUGAUAUUAGGAGCGCUGACCUCAUCAACGACCUCCUGAUCACCGAAUCGAUUGAUACCAUCAUGCAUUUUGCAGCCCAGACCCAUGUUGAUAAUUCUUUUGGUAACUCCUUUGAGUUCACCAAGAACAACAUCUACGGCACCCACGUUCUCCUGGAUGCCUGCAACGUCACUGGUCGGGUUAGGAGGUUUAUCUAUGUUAGCACUGAUGAGGUCUAUGGAGAGACAGAUGAGGAUGCCACGGUUGGCAAACACGAGGGGUCUCAACUUCUGCCAACCAACCCAUACUCGGCAACAAAAGCCGGGGCUGAGAUGCUUGUUAUGGCUUAUGGAAAGUCAUACGGCUUGCCUGUGAUCACUACCCGAGGAAACAAUGUGUAUGGGCCAUUUCAAUUUCCGGAGAAGCUGAUCCCAAAAUUUAUUCUUUUGGCCAUGAGAGGGCAGCCACUUCCGAUUUACGGUGAUGGCUCCAAUGCUAGAAGCUUUUUGUACUGUGAGGAUGUUGCAGAGGCUUUUGAUGUCAUCCUCCACAGAGGAGAAGUUGGGCAUGUUUAUAAUAUCGGCACAAAGAUAGAAAGGAGAGUGAUUGAUGUGGCGAAGGACAUCUGUGCACUUUUUUCACUAGACCCAGAUAAGGUCGUUCAGUUUGUGGAGAAUCGGCCUUUCAAUGACCAGAGGUACUUUUUGGAUUAUCAGAAGCUGAAGAACCUGGGAUGGUCGGAGCGGACUGCAUGGGAUGAUGGACUCAAGAAGACGAUGGAGUGGUAUAUGAGCCAUCCAGAUUGGUGGGGAGAUGUUUCAGGAGCACUUUUGGCUCAUCCACGGAUGUUGAUGAUGCCUGGUAUUGAAAGGCAUAUUGAUGGUUCUGAAGAAACCAAGUCCAUGGCUUCUCAGUCGAUGACCUCUAAUAGUCAGAAUGGGAUGGUGCUUCCUGCCUCAAAAAGCAGUGUGAUGCCACCUAAGAAAUCAUAUUUGAAGUUCUUGAUCUAUGGUAGAACUGGAUGGAUAGGGUGCCUUCUUGGCAAGAUAUGCGAGAAGCAGGGCAUACCAUAUGAGUAUGGAAGGGGGCGUUUGGAAGAGCGUUCCCAUAUCAUACUGGACAUUCAGAACGUGAAGCCAACUCAUGUUUUCAAUGCUGCUGGUGUGACUGGUAGACCUAAUGUUGACUGGUGCGAAUCUCAUAAGCAGGAGACAAUUCGGUCGAUUGUCGUGGGAACUCUGACUUUAGCGGAUGUUUGUAGGGAGCAUGACCUGUUACUGAUGAAUUAUGCUACCGGUUGUAUUUUCGAGCAUGAUGCUAAACAUCCUGAAGUGUCGGGCACUGGAUUCACGGUGGAAGACAAUCCAAACUUUAUUGGAUCCUUCUAUUCGAAAACUAAAGCAAUGGUUGAAGAGCUUUUGAGGGAAUAUGAUAAUGUCUGUACCCUUAGAGUUCAAGUGCCAAUAUCUUCUGAUCGUAGCAAUCCAUGUAAAUUCAUUACUAAAAUUACUUGUUAUGACAAAGUUGUGAACAUUCCAAAUAGCAUGAUGGUUUUAGAUGAACUUGUCCCCAUUUCAAUUGAGAUGGCAAAGAGAAAUUGCAGAGGCGUAUGGAACUUUACCAAUCCUGGUGUGGUGAGCCACAAUGUGAUGGAUUCGAAGCUGUAGAAACCCUAAACCCUAAAUCCUAGAAAUGUAGAAGAUCUACAUUGACCCCUGCUUUUAAUGGAUCUAUUUUACACUGGAAAUACAGGCUAAAGUCAUAGUAGCACCUCGAAGCAAUAACGAGAUGGAUACUACAAAAUUGAAGAGUGAGUCUCCCGAGUUGUUGUCCAUCAAAGAUUCUCUCAUCAAAUGUGUUUUUGAGCCAACCAUCCAGGUCCUUUCUCACUGAUAAGCUUCCUCAAUGUCACAGUACGACUUUCAUCAAUACAAACUUGAUUAAUGACAUCAUUAAUGUCAUCCAACACAUGGCAGUAUGACUAUCAUCAUACAAACUCUGCAUCAGGAAUACUUAUCUAAGCAGGAGGAAAAACUUGAUUAAUUUUAUUAGGUAGUCUGUUUUGUUGUCUUGUUUAGUUUCUUUACAAGAGACUAUUAUUAUUUGUCCUCUAAAUUUGGACUGUCCAAUUUACUAGCUACAUUCUUUUUGAUGCAUC